CGCAUUGUUCCGGCCGGCGCGCUCCCGCAGACGCCGCGUCGGCGCUCUCCGUCUCCCUGCAGCGUCCAGCUCCCUGAUUUUUACUGCUCAAGAGGGAACCUCUCAAGGUGCUUCUAAAACACGACUCCAGCUGGAGGGUGCUUUGUAAACUAUUCAAAGUCAGGAUGAAUACAGACUCAAAGGAGGUUUUGCCCAUGGAUGUACACGGUCCUGAGGCUUGGGAAGAACUGACCGUGAAGGUGGAGACGGAAAGUCGCCUCCAGAUGCAGGAAUCCAGACUGAAACGUAGCAGUCCCCUGGCGAGGGAAGUCUUCCGAACGCGCUUUCGACAGCUGUGUUACCAGGAAACUCCUGGACCCAGGGAGGCUCUCACCCAGCUCCGAGAGCUGUGCCGCCAGUGGUUGAGGCCUCAUGCCAGCACGAAGGAGCAGAUCCUGGAGCUGCUGGUGCUGGAGCAGUUCCUGACCAUCCUGCCCAAGGAGCUCCAGGCCUGGGUGCAGGAGCACUGCCCAGAGAGCGGGGAAGAGGCUGUGAUUCUGCUGGAGGAUCUGGAGAAGGAGCUCGAUGAACCACAACUUGAGAUGGUAGCCUACGGACAGGGACGAGAAGUCUGCUCUAGAGAGACGGUGCCUCUAGGCGAGCAGACGUCACUGAGCCUUCCGUCCCAGCCCGAGGAGCCCCAGCUCCCGCGUGACACUGCCCAAGAGUCCCACCCUACUGGAGAGACAGACACAUUUCUGUUUUCCACACCUGUUGUCCUCCCCCAGCUAAAAGGAGCAGGAGAACCGUGGUCUGACAACAGAGGAGCCCUACAAGGCGCCUGUUCUGAUGGAACGAGCAUGGCUGAGGACAGAGAAGUGGUGCCGAGGAAAGACUGUCCCAAGAUAGCGGAGUCCCGCGGGGAAGUCCUUUCCGCACAGACCUGGGAGGAGGCACGCGGGGGUCCCGGGCCUGGACCCGGCUGGGCAGAGGGGCGCCGGGGCGGCCCCCCGGGGCGGGGAUGGCACACAUGUGACGAGUGCGGCAAGACCUUUGCCCAGAAUUCGGGCCUCACCCGCCACCGCAGGGUGCACACGGGCGAGAGGCCCUACGCGUGCGGCGAGUGCGGGAAGGCGUUCAGCCGCAGCUCGGGGCUGUUCAAUCACCGCGGCAUCCACGACGCGCACCGGCGGUACCGCUGCCGGGAGUGCGGGAAGGCCUUCAGCCAGAGCGCCGGCCUCAUCCAGCACCAGCGCAGCCACCGGCCGGAGCGGCCGCACCGCUGCGCCCAGUGCGGGAAGAGCUACGGCCGGCGCUCCUUCCUCCUGGAGCACGAGCGCAGCCACACCGGGGAGAGGCCGCACCGCUGCGCCCGCUGCGGGAAGGACUUCACCCGCCAGUGCAACCUCAUCCGCCACCAGAAGACUCACGCGGCCACGGGGCCGCGGUGACCCCGGGGCGCGCCUGUCCCGGGUCAGGGGUCCGGCCCCGGGGAGGGGAAGGCCAGGAAGCGUCGUCUUAUCGCCCCCUCCUCGCGUUUUGGAGCAGACGCUGAGCCGUGGUCUGGGCAAAUCCGAAGAGGAAGCUUUGGGUGUUUGCACCUGCUGCUUCCGCGCCCUGGUUCUCCCCCUCCCCACCCUGCUUCGCCCCGUCCCCACCCUGCUUCGCCCUGUACUCACCCUUCUUGUUUACUCAGAUGGCAGCUGCUGAACCUUCCUAGUAAUGGAAUAAAUGGCGCUGCCAGGCCGAUAUGCCUGAAACACGUGCGUCCCUGUUUAAUUCCAUAAGGUCACAAAGAGCCCUGCUGAUGUUUUAUGAUACGUGGGUCUUCAGUGUCCCCAGGGCCAGUUCCUCUGCGCUCACUCCUUGUCCACCCCACCGCUUCCCGUGAUGCGCUCAGUGUGCCCUUGGAACAGGGGCCACCGUGUGCAGGGUCUACCUACCCGCAAGGGGCGGGGACACUGCACUGUCCUUGUCCCUUGUAUGGAUGCAGAUGGGAAGACUCAAGUCCAGGCUCAGAGUCAAGGUUGAAAACCUGGACCUUUAUUGUGGAAUAAUUUGAGCUCCUGAAAAUGGUAGAGUUUUCACAUGCUCUUAACUGGGUUCCCUAGUGUUGACAUCUAACAUCACGUAAUUAAACCCCUGGCUUCAGACUUUAUCUUUAUCCUCAGUCUGUUGGGGUGUUGUGCUGCAUGUUGGCAGUCUCUGGUCACCCGGAACCCCCUUGGUGCCUGUCCAUCGUCAGCACCACAGGUCACUCGUAUCCCGAGUCCAGGGUCAGGCCAGGGAAUUGGAUCAUGAGCCAUGUAAUGUGCUUUUAAAACAACCCUCUUAGAUCUCCUGAGUCCUUCUUUUCUGUCGCUUGGCUCGGUCCGGAGAAAGAUUCCCCCCUGAACAUGUUGGGGUUUUCCUACGGUUCCACAGCUGGUGCAGCGGUUCGGCAGCAGCUCAGAGGACAGCUGUGUGGCCUUGAGUGUCUGCCUUCCAGGGAGCUGCCUUCCCGGGGACGUGUCCUUGUGGGGAGACGAGGCUCCCCUGGUCAGGGCGGAACAGACCCGAGGCUUGCGGCUCCCUUAUUCCCUCUUAUGAUUUCUCCACCAAGGCUGCAGCCCCAUCUCUCUCCUUCGAUCCGCUAGAGCGGACGUCCCCCAGGCACAGGAGCAGUGCCCUCAGUUGGCCAGGGCAGCCGGCCCUGGAAUUGGGGAUUCUGUCCUUUACCUCCAAGGGACAAUUUCAGUCAGAA